UAGCGUGAGGGAGACCGGAUUGGGGGAGGGGUGCAGGCCUGUCCUCCCCAGCGGCUGCGGCAGCACCAGCGCCGGCCGCCACCGCCUCUGGAACGCGGAGGAGGAGGAGGAGCGGCUGGAGGAGUAGGAGGAGGAGGUGGGCCCGAGGGAGAGGGAUGCUCAUCGCUCCGGUUUUGUGGUGAAUGCUGAGUCGAGUCACGAUUGCUGCAGUCUGUGCCACCGCGAGGAAGUUGUGGUGUAAGGCCGGGCGGGAGCUCGCAGCGCUGUGGAGAAUCCGAGCGCGGGGUCAGUGCGAAGACCGGGCUACUGCCAGACCCUUGCCUCCUCUGACCAUGCCAGGAAGGAACAAGGCGAAGUCUACCUGCAGCUGUCCUGCCCUGCAGCCCAACGGACAGGAUUUGGGCGAGAGCGGCCGGGUUGCCCGUCUAGGAGCCGAUGAGUCUGAGGAAGAGGGACGGAGUGGGUCUCUCAGUAAUGCCGGAGACCCUGAGAUCGUCAAGUCUCCCAGCGACCCCAAGCAAUACCGAUACAUCAAACUACGAAAUGGCUUGCAGGCACUUUUGAUUUCAGACCUAAGUAACAUGGAAGGUAAAACGGGAGAUGCAACAGAUGAUGAGGAGGAAGACGAAGAAGAAGACGAAGAAGAUGAAGAAGAUGAGGACGAUGAUGAUGAAGAUUCUGGAGCUGAAAUAGAAGAUGAUGAUGAAGAGGGUUUUGAUGAUGAAGAUGAGUUUGAUGAUGAUGUUGAACAUGAUGAUGAUGACCUUGAUACUGAGGAUAAUGAAUUGGAAGAAUUAGAAGAGAGGGCAGAAGCCAGAAAGAAAACCACUGAAAAACAGUCUGCAGCGGCCCUUUGUGUUGGAGUUGGGAGUUUUGCUGAUCCGGAUGACCUGCCUGGGCUGGCACACUUUUUGGAGCACAUGGUAUUUAUGGGUAGUUUGAAAUACCCGGAUGAGAAUGGGUUUGAUGCCUUCCUGAAGAAACAUGGGGGUAGUGAUAAUGCUUCAACUGAUUGUGAACGUACCGUCUUUCAGUUUGAUGUCCAGAGAAAAUACUUCAAGGAAGCCCUGGAUAGAUGGGCACAGUUCUUCAUCCAUCCACUAAUGAUCAGAGAUGCAAUUGACCGGGAGGUUGAAGCUGUUGAUAGUGAAUAUCAGCUUGCAAGACCCUCUGAUGCAAACAGAAAGGAAAUGUUGUUUGGAAGCCUUGCUAGACCUGGACAUCCUAUGGGGAAAUUUUUUUGGGGAAAUGCUGAGACUCUCAAACAUGAGCCAAAAAAGAAUAAUAUUGAUACACAUGCUAGACUAAGAGAAUUCUGGAUGCAUUACUACUCUGCUGAUUACAUGACUUUAGUGGUUCAGUCCAAAGAAACACUGGAUACUUUGGAAAAGUGGGUGACUGAAAUCUUCUCUCAGAUACCAAACAAUGGGUUACCCAAACCAAACUUUGGCCAUUUAACGGAUCCAUUUGACACACCAGCAUUUAACAAACUUUAUAGAGUUGUUCCAAUCAGAAAAAUUCAUGCUCUGACCAUCACAUGGGCACUUCCCCCUCAACAGCAACAUUACAGGGUGAAGCCACUUCAUUAUAUCUCUUGGCUGGUUGGACAUGAAGGCAAAGGCAGUAUUCUUUCUUACCUUAGAAAAAAGUGCUGGGCGCUUGCGCUAUUUGGUGGAAAUGGUGAGACAGGAUUUGAGCAAAAUUCUACUUACUCAGUGUUCAGCAUUUCUAUUACAUUGACUGAUGAGGGUUAUGAACAUUUCUAUGAGGUGGCUCAUACUGUCUUCCAGUAUUUAAAAAUGCUGCAGAAGCUAGGCCCAGAAAAAAGAAUUUUUGAAGAGAUUCAGAAAAUUGAGGAUAAUGAGUUUCAUUACCAAGAACAGACAGAUCCAGUGGAGUACGUGGAAAACAUGUGUGAAAACAUGCAGCUGUACCCACUGCAGGACUUCCUCACUGGAGAUCAGCUCCUUUUUGAAUACAAGCCGGAAGUCAUUGCUGAAGCCCUUAAUCAGCUAGUUCCUCAAAAAGCAAAUCUUGUUCUACUGUCUGGUGCUAAUGAGGGAAAAUGUGACCUCAAGGAGAAAUGGUUUGGGACUCAGUAUAGAAUGGAAGAUGUUGAAAACUCUUGGGCUGAACUGUGGAAGAGUAAUUUCAAAUUAAAUCCAGAUCUUCAUCUUCCAGCUGAAAAUAAGUACAUAGCCACGGACUUCAUGUUGAAGGCUUUUGAUUGCACUGAGACAGAAUACCCUGUGAAAAUUGUGAACACUCCACAAGGUUGCCUGUGGUAUAAGAAAGACAACAAAUUCAAAAUCCCCAAAGCAUAUAUACGUUUCCAUCUGAUCUCACCUUUGAUACAGAAGUCUGCAGCAAAUGUGGUCCUCUUUGAUAUCUUUGUCAAUAUCCUUACUCAUAACCUUGCGGAACCAGCUUAUGAAGCAGAUGUGGCACAGCUGGAGUAUAAGCUGGUCGCUGGAGAACACGGUUUAAUUAUUCGAGUGAAAGGAUUCAACCACAAACUACCUCUACUGUUUCAGCUCAUUAUUGACUACUUAGCGGAGUUUAGUUCCACACCAGCUGUCUUUACAAUGAUAACUGAGCAGUUGAAGAAGACCUACUUUAACAUCCUCAUCAAGCCUGAGACCCUUGCCAAAGAUGUGCGGCUUUUAAUCCUAGAAUAUGCCCGUUGGUCUAUGAUUGACAAGUACCGGGCUUUGAUGGAUGGCCUUUCCCUUGAAUCUCUGAUGAGCUUUGUCAAAGAGUUCAAAUCCCAACUCUUUGUUGAGGGCCUGGUACAAGGCAAUGUCACAAGCACAGAAUCUAUGGAUUUCCUGAAGUACGUUGUUGACAAGCUGAGCUUCAGGCCCCUGGAGCAGGAGAUGUCCGUGCAGUUCCAGGUGGUACAACUGCCUAGUGGUCACCACCUGUGCAAAGUGAGAGCUCUGAACAAAGGUGAUGCCAACUCGGAAGUCACGGUGUAUUACCAGUCAGGUACCAGGAGUCUGAAAGAAUACACUCUCAUGGAGCUGCUUGUGAUGCACAUGGAAGAGCCUUGUUUUGACUUCCUUCGAACCAAGCAGACCCUUGGGUACCAUGUCUACCCUACCUGUAGGAACACAUCUGGGAUUCUAGGAUUCUCUGUUACCGUGGGGACUCAAGCAACCAAAUACAACUCUGAAGUUGUUGAUAAGAAGAUAGAAGAGUUUCUUUCUAGCUUUGAGGAAAAGAUCGAGAACCUCACUGAGGACGCAUUCAACACCCAGGUCACCGCUCUGAUCAAGCUGAAGGAGUGUGAGGAUACCCACCUGGGGGAGGAGGUGGACAGGAACUGGAACGAAGUGGUGACACAGCAGUAUCUCUUUGACCGCCUUGCUCAUGAGAUUGAAGCACUGAAGUCAUUCUCAAAAUCAGACCUAGUCGGCUGGUUCAAGGCGCACAGAGGAUCAGGAAGUAAAAUGCUCAGCGUUCACGUUGUUGGGUUUGGGAAGUAUGAACUGGAAGAGGACGGUACCCCAGGCGGUGAGGAUUCCAACUCUUAUUGUGAAGUGAUGCAGCUAACCUACCUGCCAACCUCUCCUCUGCUGGCAGAUUCUACCAUCCCCAUUACUGAUAUCAGGGCUUUCACAUCAACACUUAACCUUCUCCCUUACCAUAAAAUAGUAAAAUAAACUGCAGUCUCAAUGGCCUAAUGAAGCAUUGUGUAUUUUUAAAUGUGCAUUUUAUUGGAGUUACACUACUAAGGCCUUAGGGCUUCCAAUAAAUUUUUGCACUGGCAUCACAGAAUUCUAUUUACUCCCCACCCCCCAUUUGUUGUGACUAACAAACCAAGGGUUACCGUAGCAGCUGGCAGACAGACAUCAGCAGGGUGGGCCAGGUAUGACCAGAGCGCUUACAGGAGCAGUGUGAGAAGCCCUGUCCUGUCCUGGUCCUCUCAGAUGGAGAACCCUGUCCCUACAUAAUCAAUGUCUUAUUAGUACCUAAAUGUUAGGUGCUAAUACUAAUACCUAAAUCAUGAUAAUGAUGGUGGUGUUUUUAAUGUAUUUUUAAAUAAAGAUAAUUCUGUAUUGCCCUUCA